CUGGUCCAACCUGGAGGAUGAAAAUGGGAAUAGGACAGGGGAUGAAGUCAGGUCCUCGCACCUUCAUUACAGACAAAGCCAUGACACUAAAGAGCCGACACUCCUAACUAGCAGCUUGACUGCAGAAACCGCUGAAGACCACAGUGAAGCAUCAAAACCGCACAUCCCCUCGGACUUACCAGCUGACCGCAUGACGUCCGACUCGUUGGAUGAGAGUCUUGACAGCAACGCAGACUCCCUGGGUAACAGGAAGAAGUUUCAGUGCGGCGACUGUGGCAAGACUUACAUGUCCAGGGCGAGCUUGAAAAGGCACACGAUGAGCCACACUGGGGAGAGACCUCACAGGUGCUCGAUAUGCGGUAAGAAUUUCACGCAACGUUCGGAUUUAGUCAUGCACUCACGCAGCCACACCGGAUUGAAGCCUUUCGCCUGCACGCUCUGCUGUUGGAAGUUUGCCAAAAAGAGCAGUCUGGUGUUGCACAUGAGGCGACACACGGGGGAGAAGCCUCACUGGUGCUCGGUGUGCGGGAAACGAUUCAGACACCGGUCCAGUCUAGUGGAACACUCUCGCGUUCACCUCCAAGGGAACGUUUACUCCUGCUCUGUGUGCGGCGCCGGAUUCACCGGGAAACGCGGUUUGGUGGCGCACAGGAAAACGCACAGCACAGAACAGGCCCUUUCUUGCACCCUUUGUGGAAAGAAAGUGUCAAGCGCGAGCUACUUGGCGUUACACAUGAGGAUACACACCGGAGAGAAAACACACCUGGAAGAGUCUCACCGGCUUGAUGAAGACCAAUCGAAAGUGAGAACAACAUCAAUGAUGACACAGCCUGAGAAGUACAUUUGAUUCAAGUUCUCAAACUGGUGUUGAUGUGAAUUCUGUCAUCAUCUGAGCAUCACCUGCUCACACAUUUCAGGAUGAACUUCAAAUAACCUUAACAGCUGAACUGAAUUUGACCUUCUCGCAACUUUCGAAUGAAUGUUUCAGUGCUGAAAUGAUCAGUUGAAGACUUCAAAGCAAAAUCUCUGCCCCAACGUUUUGCACUUACUAUUUUUCCACAUGUAUAAAUGUGACUGCAGACUCAUGUAACAUUCUGUGUCGAAAUAUAUUGGCAAGAUGGCUGCGGGAGAAGGUCUAAAGUUACCACCGCUAUUAGGCAGACCAUAUUGUAAUGCCCCCACAUGUGGUCAAAAAUAAACGCCGCCACCGGUGCAGUUUCAGUUGCCUUCACAAACUCACACAAUAAACAAGUAUGAAGCGCAUUCACACACACGAGCUGCUACGACCACGACCGACUUGCACUCAACACACAGGCUGCCGUAGGGUGAGCCAUUCAAUCAACAACUGGACCUCCCAACAUCCUCCUACGUAAGCUCCAUCUCUGGCACCCAUGUCACUCACCAAGCCAGCCAUCAGUAGUCCUGAACAUAUACAUUUUGGUGUUUUCUUCAGUUACUAAAUCCAUGAAUGGGAUAGUUUGAGAACGAGGAGUUGUGCAAAAAAGACUGCAACGCUGAAAAAAAAUGGACACACACAUUCAGAAGUUUAUAGAAGGUCAUACUGAGUUCACCUGUUAAAAUGAUUCUGAGGGAGUUGGUCUGCCUUUAAAUGUCUGGAAUAACAAAAAUGUUAUUUUUCUACCUUGUUAAACUGUUUAACAGUGGAACUUCCAAAGGAAAUUGAAAUGUUACGUUAAACGUUGUCUGCACAGUGAAUAAAAGUUAUUUUGGGGACGUUUUUAGCCUGCAACAAAUUAAUUCACAUGCCGUUUUCUAUGGAGAAUAAAUUGUUUGAAACAAGUUUUGGCCUUUUGAAUGAAGUCAACCGGCACUCUGAGCGCCAUUCUAGUUUUUGAAGGAAGUGUACACGUAGCGAUAAAUACUGUCUUUGAAUCGCAGGCUUUUCCUCAAUUUAUGAUCAAAUUCUACAAAGGCCGAGUUUUAUUCGCUCUAAAGAUUAUCUUCAGCAAUUAUGCUGUUACGUGACUUGUGUAAAGUGAUUUUUUUUCCCCCCCACUCAGAGGAGAUCGAAUGUCAAACCUAUUUGAUAUUUAUGAGCCAGAGACACUGCGAAUGUGAUGCGUUUUUUUCCCCCCCUCAUCAUUUUAAAAACAGGCAAAUGUGAAAAAUUCAAACUGCAAAAUGAAUAGCAUUGAGCAACAUUUCCUGUCAACUCGGGGUUUGCAUUUGAUGAUGGCACCUGAUAACAGCGUUCUUCCUGAAUGCAAAUCACACAAAUGGAAAGUCGUGUCACCAAAUCUUCCCUCACAGGCAACUUCAUUGAUUUAUUCUCGCUCCCGCAACCCCACAAUGAUCCAUGUGGCAUUCUUCUGCUCGUGUUUGGCCACUGGCUUUGCAGCCUCAUCUUACCUUUGGAUAGCGGACUGUAACCAGCCCGGUCUCGAAAACUGCACAAUUAAGUAUAACUGCACGGACAAAUUCAAGGUGGUGCCCCGUCACACUGCUCCCACCGCACCUGAGUGGGGUCCAGACUACGUAGGAAUUGGUCAGGACCACCAUCUGUCUGUUCCCAUUAUGAAUGUGACCUGGAGGCUAAAAUCAGAUGCAAGUGUUCUGACACUCCAGGGGUCACAGUUGCGUAUUGUUGAUCAACAUACAAAUCAAAGUGUGUGUGUGCACUUCACUUUCGUUGUCAACCAGCAGCUCAAUCCCAAUUUUAACAAGUGGGCGUUUUCGUUAUCUCGGGUGUCGGUGGAGGCCGGCCACACGUACACACUGACAGCGUCUAAUUUGCCGCAACCUGACGUUGGCGACAACGCCAUCACAAAGCAAGUGACAAUACCAGGAUGUGACGACAAAAUAAUUCGAAACUCCCAGAUGUGUUUGGAAAAUGGUAGCCUUUGGGACACUGAAGUCGCAACUGCUUUCUCAUUGGGGAAGCAUCAAAUGCUGUCGGUUAUUGUGGGCUUUGAGGCUGACAAGCAUUCUGACCUAUACCAAGUCUCCAUCCAGAGCGAUGGCAUCCAUUCCUCAAAGAAUGUUUCCAAGGAGAACAGAACAUCUUUAAUCGUCACCUUUGACCUGGACGUGUCCAAGCUACUAAAAUGUAAACUGCUGAUCACAAUUAAGCCAUUUUUCACACGAUGCGUGAAUAACGGCUGUCGUCUCAAGCAAAUGUAUAUCGAUUACUGUUUGUAUAUGCCAUCACGGACUGCAGUGAUUAAGGGUGCAUUGGGGGUGGUCUUUGUUGGUGUUUGUUUUGCCUAUCUUCUGCGGGCUGCAUCCUACAAAGAUAUCGUCGGUAUGGCGUCAUCAGCUGCCGAACAACAACCGCAAUGUUUGCAGGUGCGAGAAAGAAAAAAAGUCUUCAUCCUUUACUCCCUUGACCACCCUUUAUACAAAAACAUCGUCCUCAAGCUCUCCGCCUUCCUGACGGCCAAAUGCGGCACCGAGGUGAUCCUGGAUCUACUGGAUUCCACCCGACUGGGAAUACUGGGCCGCAUCCAGUGGCUGGACUGGCAGAGAGAACAAAUCGAAGGCUCUUCAGAUAAGAUCCUCCUCUUGUGCUCGCAAGGAGUGCAAGCCAAAUGGAGAGCCAUGUGCGGCGAGAAGCGGGUUCUCCUGAGGGAAGACCUGCACUCGCCCGUGGGCGACAUGCUCACUCCGGCUCUCGGCCUCAUCGUCCCUCAUCUGGUGCGCCGCGCUUCCUUCGAGAAGUACAUGGUGGCUUACUUUGAAGACGUUUGUUCCCCGGAAGACGUCCCCUCGCCGUUCCACGUCACGGUUCGAUACAACCUCAUGAAGCAGUUCGAAGAGCUCUUCUUCAGAAUCCUGGACGCCGAAAAGCACGGGCCGGGUAGAGUUUGUCACAUUGAAGGACUUGCAGAGGGUGAGUAUCACCACUGCCCCUCAGGUCGAGCCUUGCAGGAGGCCUUAGGGGCUUUCCGGGAGUACCAGCUGAAGCACCCGCAGUGGUUUGAUGAGGAACUAGUGGAAGAAUUGGAAGUUGAGGACUAAGUCCCAUUAUGUAGGAUGAUCUUUUCUACCUAUGCAUGCUUGACAGACAAUUAAACAACAACAUACGAUACUUUACUCCUUUCUCUAUAUUAGCUUUUGGCCAAUUAACUCAUUACCUGGCAGCUGAUUUCGAAACAGAGUUCCCUCUUUUGCCGUCCUCUUAAAGCUCUUUUCAAGAUCCCACAAAAUCUUGUGUUCCGUAACAAUAGAAGUGAACUGAACCCACCAAAAGCAAGAGUCGACUCCCUUCUUUGGCCAGAAAUUGGGAAAAAAAAUGAUUUUGAGCUCUUUGCAUUCUUUAGUAAUAUACAGUCGAGCGUGUCAAGCAGAACGGUGACUCCAUAAAACAACAACAGCUAAAAAAAACAAAAUAAAUGACGACUGAGAAGACGUUUUGAUCGUAAAAUAAUUCGUUACAGAUGAACAACUAUAAAACCGCGUCGGCAGCGACACUGACUCACCGCAUGUUUCAAAUUCAACCUCUCUUCCUUUUUUCACAUGCCGUUCAUCAUUCACGUCAUGAGCUGCGAAUUAUUUUCCCUUGCCAUUUCCACCAUCUAAAGUGAUCUUUACUGUGGUUUACAAACCCGGAUUUCACUGACAAGCUGCCCGAGACACUCUUCCACACCAACCCACUCAAAAAAACCAUACUGGACAAAAAUAUCUACGUCAGUGGUAGUCAAUGUUUGGAUUCCAUUUGGCAAAUCUAAACGUUCAUGGCAGUGAAUGAGUUCGUAACAACUUCAUCCUUGUAAGAUUACAACUUUUCUUCCUGACAAAAUAUGUCUUUGUCUUGUUUUUUUUCUUCUCAAUGUGACUCCUUUUUUUUCUCCAAACAAAUGUUACUGUAACAUUCUAACUCUUUUUUUUUCUCAAGCAUAGGCAACUUUUUUUAUUCCUUUGACAUUUUAGGGGUAUGUGUGAUAGUUCUGUUUAAUUCAUGUUCAGGGUGUCCUUGAAAAAAAAAAAGUACUCGAUUUGAUUCCGAAACAUCCCUGCUACCCAAAAAAGUUUGAGAGCUCCUUGUUUGUAGUGAUGUAAAAUAAAAUGCCUCAGAACAUACUUGUGGACAACUGUCAUUAAUGCAUGGGAGAGUUCAACUGGAUUUCAGACACUGAAGUGAUAAUAUAAUGACCCCAAAUACAGAAGAAGAAAAAAA